AAACCACAACGAGAACAAGAGGGUCGUCACCAGCAGCUUGACUUCAGGAAUUGUUGUGCAGCUCCGUCACACACAAAGAUCUCCAACAGUAAACGGUUCUCUUAAAAACAGCAGUGACGAUGGACCAGAGGAACGCCCCCUCCUAAUGUCAGCACAGACCGCCAUGGACGAGUUAGACAUCAGGGAAGAUGGCAGGAAAGAAACAUCUGCGACCCAGCCUGGAUUCCCCCCGGCGGACUCCGCUCUGUUCUACCCCCCUGCUGUGUCCCCGGACCCGGUCAGUCCGCUGACUCACCUGGGGACGCUGCUGGCCGGACAGGACGCGCCGAGGAGCGGCGGAUGGGACAGGAGACUGGACCUGGGGUUUCAAGGCUGUCAGUUAGUGGGAACAACGAGGGAACCAGUAAGAGAAGCUCACGCAGACCAGAGCAUCACCAUCCUGCACGCCAAGGUCGCUCAGAAGUCCUACGGCAACGAGAAAAGGUUCUUCUGUCCUCCUCCGUGUGUUUACAUCAGCGGUCACGGGUGGAGAGUCAUGCAGGACCAUCUGAAAGCUGCCGGCUACGGAGACUCUGUGUACCGAGUGUGUGGUUACAUGUGUCUGGACAGCUCCAGCCAGUCUCAGGCCGAGUCCUUCAAACUGGUCUUCGAUGAACAGCCAAACUCCAGGAUGUUUGCGUGUGCCAAGUCCCUGUUCAUCUCUGAUCAGGACAAGAGGAAACAUUUCUGCCUGCUGCUGCGACUCUUUUUGGGCAACAGACAGGAAGUGGGUUCGUUCCAGAGCCGGAUGAUCAAAGUCAUCUCCAAACCGUCUCAGAAGAGACAGUCCAUGAAGAACGCCGACCUGUGUAUAUCGUCGUGCUCCAGAGUCGCUUUGUUCAACCGUUUACGCUCACAGACGGUCAGCACUCGUUACCUUUCAGUGGACAGAGGAGCCUUCAUCGCCAGCUCCAGACAGUGGACAGCCUUCACCAUCACCCUGGUGGAGGGCCAGCGUGCUGACCAAAGGGACUUUGUGCUGAGCGAAGGCUUCAUCUGUUACGGCUACGUGGUCCAGUUAGUGUGCACAGAGUCUGGAGUAGCUCUGCCACCCAUGGUGAUCCGUAAGGUCAACAAGCAGCACGCCAUCUUAGACGUGGACGAGCCGGUCUCUCAGCUCCACAAGUGCGCCCUCCAGUUCAGAGACGAUCCAAACACGUACCUGUGUUUAUCCAACGACGCCAUCGUGCAGUACCAGGCUCCGUCCAGCGUCAGAGACCCCAGCAGGGUGGUGCUGAACGACGGCUCCUGCUGGACCAUCAUCGGAGUGGAAGCAGUGGAGUUCACCUUCAAUCAGGGUCCCGCCUGCAUCCAGACACCAGUUACUCCUUUCCCCGUCAUCACUGGGCUAGAGGUGAACGGUGGAGGACAUGUUGCCAUGUUGGAGAUCCAGGGAGAAAACUUCAGCCCUCAUCUCAAAGUCUGGUUUGGAAACAGCGAGUCUGAGACGAUGUUCAAGUCUCCUAAAUCUCUGCUCUGCGUCGUCCCCGACGUCUCCGUGUUCAGCGACGGCUGGCGCUGUCUCCGCCGCAUCAUCACCGUCCCUCUGUCUCUCAUCCGAUCGGACGGCCUGAUUUAUCGCACGUCCUUCAGUUUCACCUACACCCCCGAGCUCCAGCCGCCGCCGUCCGUCCGAGGAGCGGCGGGAGGAGGGAAGAGAGACGGAGGGACGGAAGGAGGCCCGCAGGAGGACGUCCUGUUAGAGACCAUCCAUCAGGAGUUCACCAGAGCCAACUUUCACCUCUUCAUGCAGAGUUAACCUCAGGAGGAGGAGACGCCAGUGGAGCUUACUGACCUUCACAUCCUCCCGCCAACCUGUGAACUGAAUGCCACAGGACCCCUGGGAGAACACAUACACACACACACACACACACACACACACACACACACACACACACACACACACACACACACACGGCUCCAUGUCACCAGAUACAAAAACAGGCACUCAGCUGAGGAUCAACAGGAAGAAGUGUCCAACAGAUUUCCUUUUUUUUUUGCACAUUUAGGUAGGAAUGAUUAAAAACUACACACACACACACA